UUUCAGUUUUGAAGAUCACUCGCUGCGAAACGGACGCCCAGCAAAGCGUGAAGAGAAAGCUGAAACAAUAUUGAAAAUAUUUAAUAAUUCUUAACUCGAACUGCAACCAACUCGAGCUCUGUAAAUUACCCCAAUCGUGUACUCAAGACGUGAAUAAAUAUAGAAAUCAAGCAAACAAAGCUGGUCCAGAGAACAGUUACACUUCCCAUAACCAUAACCAAUAUCAAUGUCAAGCGAUCGGGAAAACACUCGAUCGUUCCAAAUCCGGGGUCAGAAGCUCCAGCUCUCCGGCUGAUUAACACUCCGCAUCUCCGCGUUGAGCGCAAAUAAAUAAACAAAAAACAAAAAACAGGCAAACACACAAAUACGGCUGAAAAUACGCGAAGAAACGCGCGGAAUAUAGAAAAACACGUUUCCACAAAAAGCGUAUAGAACAACAACAAAUUAACCAAAUAACAAAUAACACAAAUUGUUUUCGCUUUUGCUAUUGAACCACACUCCACACACACACGCAUUCGAAAUAAAAGGCCCUGAUUCUGGCCAUUACCAAAUAUGUGCAAAGGCUGAGCUUGAAGCGAGAUCGCACGAGUCGACGACUUUGGCUUGUAAUUCGAGCAGCCGUGACCACAGAAAAGUCACUUAGACACUAUAUAUUAUAUAUAUCUUAGCCAUAUACAUACAUAGCUAUGGAGCGAUCGCACAGUUGUAGUAAUUUCGAGGGGGGAGAAGGUGGGAAGGUGGUCAAGGUCGAACAGCUGGCUGGGAGCAGUGAUCACCUGCCCAGCGCCCACUUUCCGCCCAACAAACCGCUGCGCCGGCGCAGAAAACUCCAGCGGCAACAGUCUACGGUGGACACCGAUGACAUGGAAUAUGCGGCUGAUUUGGAGGAGAAUGCCGAUCCGGAGGAUGUGGAGAAUAUUGUUGCCCUGCCCCUGCGUCACAUAGCCUCCGCUACAAGUUCCCGCUGCCUGCGCCACGAGGAGUCCUUCGAAUCCUCCAGCACAGCCCCCGAAAUGAGUCCACAGGCGCAGAGACAACAGCGUUUUAGUAGUUUACUCCUACGAGAUAGCUCCGUGUCCGUGCAAUCCGACUCGAGUCGAUACUCCAGUGUGGAUAGUCUGCUGGAGGCCCGCAAACCCGAUCCCGAGGCCAUACUCAUCAACCUGGGCUUCGGACCACUCAGCUCCGAGGACAUGCUGUCCCGUAUUCCAAGGAGAUUCCUGAAACCCUCCCAAGUACCUGGAAUCGAUACCGAUGCCUUUGUGCAAAGACUGACUUUGGCCCGAUCCCUGGCCGACUCCAGUGUUCUGGGCUAUAGGGGUCUAACCGGAAAUCCCGACAUGCCGCCCUCGUCCAUUGUAGCCAGCAUCAUGAAGCGAUUCGAGGUCAAUCACCAUCGCAAGAACUCCAUGGGUUCCAUCAAGCCCACCAUACAAUAAGGCCAAUACUCCAUAAAUAAAUAUAGUCAGCCAAACAGAGGACAUUAUCGUAACGUUAAUUGUUGCCAAGCGGGGUUUUCGGUGAUCUGUGACCUGUGACCUGUGACCCGUGACUCCUGUGAUCGUCUUGUCUUGUCCAUUAGUCCUUAAAAGUGCCGCGUACUUAGCUGUGUAUUCUGUAUUAUUGUACCAAUCCAUUUAUUAUUAUUUUUGUCAACUAUUGUAAACUCUUUUUGAGUAUGAAUUAAAGAUGAUAUUUUAUGUUAA